AUGACAACGACGGUCGGUCAUUCAAAUCCCAAGCCUGCCAUCACGACCCUCUCCAACAGCUCCGCUUCGUCCAUUCCUCGCCAGACCUCCCUUUCGUCCUUUCCCUCGUCGCGACCGCCUUCUCAAGCAUCUCACUCCUCUCGGCCCCUCCGAUCACCGCAUCGACAGAUGAAUGAAAACGAUCGGACUUCGGACCCAGACCUGCGGUCCAAAACCUCGUCGCUUGAACACUCCUCGCAACAUUCGUCUCUCUCCGCCCCGCGACGCUUAAAUGCCGACGCUCAAAAUUCCAGGAGGCUGCGCCCCCAGUACCCUCAGGGGUCUAGCGAUAACCAUGUAGAAUAUAUCCUGGUCGCCUCCUUCGACAUUGAUCGGGGUCCUGUCAUGGAGCAUCAGUACCCCGUUGCCAUUACUGGAGACGAAAACAUGUUGGCGGAGCUCAUGCUUCCAGAUCAAGCGCACGCCAGAAAUCAGGACUGGACCAUAUUUUUCUUGCACAAGGAUAUGACCGACGAGGAGGAAGACGAGGAACGAAAACGCAAAGAGAGGCGGCGAAGACGGCGGCGCAAGCGUAGAGCGCUCGCGGCUGGUAUUGUUCCUUCAAGUCAAGAUGACGAAACACAAGACAGCGACGACGAAUAUGACGAUGCCGACGACGACGACGAUGAUGACGAUGACAGCGACACAGAGCCCGAGGGCGGUGAGGGCCCUCCCCUCAUAUACGUACUGAACCUGGUCAACACAAAGCAUGACAAGACUGUGAAACGUGGUGCUGUUGUGAAAGCUAUGGCCAUUUGUACAAGACACCCGUUCUUACACAUUUACAAGCCACUGCUUCUCUUGGCUCUCGAGGAGUAUUUCAAAUCCCCUGUUCCGGAAACACUAUCUAUGCUUUACGAUGCUGUCAAUGCAAUGGAUCUCUCUCUUAUGCCAAAGCUCAGCUUGCUCGAACGACACCUCCUCCUUGGGAGUGAGAACCGAGAUCUUUUUGUGGAAAAGUUCGAGCGCAUGAUCCAGAUACGGAUGUCCGAGGAUCGGGGAGAAAAAACCAAUGGCAACGGUGAUCAUCACACAGAAGUGUCUCGAAAAGGCACCAAAGCUCACAUAGAGGUCGGUAGCCAGUCAGCCUACUCGGUACCACGCGAUACCCACGAGUUUGAGAGCCACGUCAUGUACAAGGGCAUUCCAAUUCCCAUCAAAGUUCCUACAGCGGUGAUGCCAGAGACAGUCGGAGACUUUUCUCUGGUCAAGCUUAUCCAGAACUUCUCGGAACAUCAUGGGAAGUCGCCUCAACCGUUUGCGAUUCACCCACACCUUACAACCAGUGGUGCUAAUACGCAUCCCAUUAUCAUCUUAAUUAAUGGGCUACUAACACAAAAGCGCAUUAUCUUUCUUGGACACAACAUGCCCUCUGGCGAAGUAGCUGAGGCCGUUUUAGCAGCUUGUGCUCUUGCUUCGGGUGGUGUUUUGCGUGGCUUUACGCGUCAUGCGUUUCCAUACACUGAUCUCACAAAGAUUGACGAUCUUCUGAAUGUUCCUGGAUUUAUUGCGGGCGUAACGAAUCCGACAUUUGAACUACACCCAGAGUGGUGGGACAUACUUUGCGACUUGCCUUCUGGACGCAUCAAGAUCAGUAGCAAGAUUGAGCCAGCUCCUAUAACAGAAGGACUGGUUUACUUCCAACAGCAAAAUCCAGCACUGGCCACCACUGCUAGCGGCACUGUCAACGUCAGCAGUGCCCAUGACCUGACCGGUGACCAGGCAUUCAUGGCUGAUAUUUUGCGGAGUAUCGCAGCUCGGCAUGGCGAACGAACGGUGCGAGCAAAAUGGCGUGAUUGGGUCCUCAAAUUCACGAGAAUAUCAGCGCAGUUUGAAGAAAGUGUCUAUGGCGCGAGCGCUCUGUUUGUCGGCACUGAGGAGCAGAAUAUGCUUCCACCUGGAGCGACGGGCCAUGGCUACGUAUGGUCAGAUGACGCGGCCAAAAAUAAGGAGUUGGCUGGAAAUGUGACUCGAAUCGAAGGAUGGCGCAAUACUCGCAGCUACUACAGCUUCAUUCAGGAUCUUGCACAGGUAUACACUGUGCGCCCGCUCAAGGGCCUUGAUCUCGCGCACAUGCAUGACCGACUGCGGAUGCAGCGACUGAACCCUUCUCAGAGCCGCGACAUCUACCUCACCCUGUCCAAAUAUAUCCACUCGUAUGACGAGAUUUGCCUGUUCCUCUCGGUCGCUCCCGAGUCGCACGCCGGGUUGUUUUACAUUGCCCUAGGUCUGUUUCACAAAGAAAAGGACGUUCGGCUGAAGACGACGGAUCUGCUCGGACGAAUCGCGGAGCAUGAAGCUGGGCAGCACUGGUGGAAGAGCCUGAGCAGAUUUGAGAAGCUGGCCUUUGACCGCAUUCGAAGGGAAGCCGACGCGGAAAUGCGAGCACAGCUAGAAAAGGAUGGCCUCAGCCCUGUGCUUGAGAGGAACGUGUUUAGCUAUUGA